AUGGCUCAUCUCUUGCGUGGAAAGCAAGCUGGAGUGAGCAACGACCUCUCGCAAGGCCUUGGGCCUGAUCUCUUCGUGCUGGACCAUAUCCGCAACUAUGGCAUAAACUCAAAAGUCACCCAAGUCGCAUACGAUCCCGUCCAAUCACUCAUUGCCGUCGGCACGAGCGAGAGCAAAUAUGGUCCUGGUCAGAUCUAUAUAUUCGGCCAAAAGAGGGUCGAAGUCGUGCUACCACUUUCCAACCGCAGCGCCUCAGUCAAGAUCCUACAGUUCUGUGCCGAAAAGCUGUUAUGUGUAGACUCGAAGAACGACUUGUCAGUUUUCUCACUGGAAACAAAGAAGCUGCUCAACGCACAUUCCCCACCUGCAAAGAUUACGGCCCUGCACAGCGAUCCUACCAUCGAUUAUGCGCUCCUGGGUACACAGAACGGAGAUGUCUAUGCGUAUGAUUUAGAUAGGGAGCUCCUCACCCCAUUCAAGAUACCAAACUUGUGGAGGGAAAAGUUCCCGCGGUCGCGCUUGACGUCGGUUGUCACACUGUCGCUGCACCCUCGCGACAUUGGCUCUCUACUGAUCGGUUACAAUUCGGGCGCGGUCAUAUACUCCUUCAAGCAGAACAAGGCGCUGCACUUCUUCCACUACCUUCUUCCAAAAGGCGCCCCUGGUGGCGAUUCAGACCCUAGUUCAAUCUUCAAGGAGCGCGAGCCUCCAUUGACACAGGCGGUUUGGCACCCCACAGGCACCUUUGUCCUGACUGGGCAUGAAGACAGCAGCAUCGUGAUAUGGGAUGCCAAGGAUGGUCGAAUUGUACAAGCGAGGACGUUGACAGAUACCAACGUAGACAAGCCAGGUCCAGGGAGUUUUAGCCCAGGUGCUGUUGAAGGCUCGUUUGCGCUCAAGUCGCCCAUCUUCAAGAUUGCCUGGUGCGCCAACAAAGACCCCGACGAUACUGCCAUACUCGUUGCCGGCGGACAACCGUCAAACAUCUCUGCAAAGAGCCUCACUUUGUUCGAACUAGGCCGAACGCCCGUCUAUGCGACUGCGACAUGGCAGACACUAUCGGAUCACUUCGAGAACCCCAAAAGGCAAAGAAUACUACCAUGUCCACCUGGAACAGAAGUAGUGGACCUGUUUCUUAUCCCGAGAACAUCUCCCCAUUUUGCUGGCUGCCAGGACCCCAUCGCCAUCAUCGCUCUACUUGCUUCUGGAGAGUUAAUAACCCUGUCCUUCCCCAGCGGUAUGCCCAUCUCACCUACAAAUCAACUACACCUUUCCAUGACUAUGGUCCAUCCGUACAUUAACCACAUAAACCUCGCGCCGGUAGAACGCACGCGAUGGCUUGGUAUGACUGAGAAGCGACAGCAGGGCCCUCAAUUCCUCAUAGGUGGUGCCGAAGCUGUGCAUCCUUUAAAGAGGUUCGAGAACCGCAACAUUGUCCAAACGGCUCACGGAGAUGGUACAAUCAAGCUAUGGGAUGCAGGACACGCGGACGAGAUUGAAAAUCACGCAAUGCUACAGGUUGAUGUAGCUCGAGCAGUUGGUCGUCCAGAUAAUGUCCACAUCACGCACACAUCUUUUGCAGGCGCCGCCUCCGAACUUUCAGUGGGGUUGAAAUCUGGCGAGAUAGUCGUAUUCAGAUGGGACACUAACAAGAAUAUGGGACAUGAGUUUCAACCAGGCGAAAACGCUCCACAGGCGCUUACCGACAUCACAGAAAGGAGUGAAGCGGCGCUCAAAGAGGGAUUACUACCUUUCACCUUGCUUGCUGAAGAUAAUGGGCCUGUCACUGCCUUGAAGCAUUCGGAUGUAGGCUUCGUUGCGGCAGGCUUUGAGGGUGGAAGUUUGGCGAUCAUUGACUUACGAGGACCAGCCAUUAUCUACAAGGCAUCGAUACAUGAGUUUAUCAAGUCUGAUAAGCGCUCUAGUUUCCGACGCAGCUCAACACAGGCAGCACCCAAGGCAGAGUGGCCGACUUCUAUCGAAUUCAGUGUCAUGACACUCGAAGAUGAUGAAUACUCCAGUAUUCUUGUACAUGUUGGCACCAAUCUAGGCCAUCUUGCGACCUUCAAGUUGUUACCAGAGGCAAGUGGUCGAUACACGGUAAAGCUGGCCGGUGUAUGCUCGCUAGACGACAAAGUUAUCAGUAUCUGUCCUAUGCACGCAGACUCAGGGCGUCCAGCAUAUGCUUCUCAGUCCGCUGUGGCUGGACUUAGGACCGGAACAAAAAUCAACGGUGUACUGUUGGCCGUCACUGUCUCAGGGGUAAGAUUGUUCCGCCCUGCCACUAGCAAGGGCGCGCACAAGACCUUUGAUCAAUUCCUGUGCGAUGCUGCGACAGUAGUGAGAUAUGAGGCUCAAGGAUACGCAUUACUAGGUUUGUAUGGCGAUGGUUGUGCGAGAGCCUAUUCAUUACCUGCCUUGAAGGAGAUUGGAUCUGUCAAGGUUAGCGACGUACUCGAUAUCCGACGCUUCCCCGAAGCGAUCAUUACGCCCACUGGAGAUAUACUUGGCUUCAAGGGGCCAGCUGAAGUUGCGCUAAUUAACGUCUUCGGAACUGGGCUGCAAUAUGAUCGCGCGAGGGACGUUCUGCUCAACCCAGAGUUACUGAUCCCGCCCCGACCCACUAUCAGCAACCUACAAUGGAUUUCAGGCACUCAAUACGUUACACCAGAAGAUAUGGACCUACUCAUCGGUGGUCCCGACCGUCCCGUCUCAGCCCGGCAACUCGCACAACAACGCGCAGAAGCUCAGCAAGAACAUCGCCGCGCCAAUCCCUCAUCAUCUGCUGUCGCUGCACAAUAUUCAUCCUACCCAACUCAAACAAACACGCCGACUGAGGAAGGCUGGGGUGCUUGGGCUACGCGUCAGCUCAAUGAGCGUACAGAAAAACUCAACAUUGUGGGCGAUAGUAUGGAUAACCUUUCACAAAAUAGUGCAGGUUGGGCAGAUGACGUGAAUAAGUUUGUCGGGAAGCAGAAGAGAGGAUUUGUUAUGGGGGCUAUGAAGAUAUUUGCCAUGAACGACGCAUGA